UAUCCGAAAAUAUUCAAAAUUUUAUUCACAAUUUAUGUUUUUAUUAUAUUAAAAUGUGUAUAUAUACUAAACUUUGCGAAAUACAACAACAAUUCGUUGUCUCCUAGUGGUUGACCUCCAUAUUCUCUAGACAAAUAACCUGUCUUCGACUCCCCCUUAAUGCAUUUUAUUUAAUUUACAUUAUUAAUUCGGGUACCCAUCGGGUUUCGGGUUCGGGUCGGGUCGGGUCCAAGACCCGCGGGUCCUCUACAACAAGACCCGAUAGGGUAAUUUGAUCGGGUCGGUUCCUACCCGAACCGGGUUUUUUCGGAUCGGUUCCGGGUCGGGUCUUCGGGUCCGGGUAAAAUGCCCAGGCCUAUCACAUCACUCACACUAUUGGUUCGACUGUGGAUUUAAAAAUUUAGUUAUAGAUGUUUAGCUAUAGAUAAAUCGGUCGUAAUUGUAAAAUUGUUACUGUAUACUUUUUCUACAAAGGUUUUUGCUAUAGUUAAAUUUGUUGUACCUGUAAGGUAUAAGUUGUAGAUAUUUUAAAAUAAAAUAUAUGAAAUAUGUGUUGUAUAUAUAAUAUUAUUAUUUUAUAUUAAUUAAAAUAAUUUAUAUUAAUUUUUUUUAUAAAUUAUAAAAAUUUAUUGUAAUUUAAAAUGUGAUGUGUAUAUAAUAUUUACAUUAUUUAAGUAUCUUAAUAAUUUAAAAACACUCAAAUUCAAAAUUAAAAUAUUUAUAAAUUUUUUAAUUAUGAUUAUAUAAUUUAUUUGAUAUUAUAGAUAUUUGUUUUUUAAUUUUACAGCUUCAACAGCCUAUAAAAAGAAGAUGUAGAGUUUUUGCUUAAAAUAUAUAAGAUAAACUUUUGCUUUAUUUUUUUGCUGUAGCUUUAAAAAUAAAGCUAAAACAUGAUUGGUAAAAAUAAAUAAAAACUUUAUGUAAACUUUAAUUUUUAAAAGUAAAGCUACAGCAUGAUUGAUAAAGUUUAGUGAUUUAAAAAUAAAUAAAGUUAAAGUAGGGAGAUAAAGUCUAACCAAUCACCCCUUAUAUUAUCACAUUUUGUCCCUUUUGAAUGUAGAUUUUUCUUCAAUAAAAGACAUCCCAAAAAAGUUAGCCAUAAAAAUAUUUGGGAAAAUUGCCAAAACAGAAUAAAAAAACAGAAUGGUUGUCCCUAUGGUAUAAAUUCAAUCUAAAGUUGUCACUAUAGUAUAACUUUCUUCAUAAUACCUAAACUAACCUUAAUCUAAUCCCAAAUUGUAUUUAAAAAAAUAUGGAAAUCAAUUUGUAAAAAUGGUUGUCGAAUAAAAAAGAAAAAUAAAGGGAAAAUUGAAAAAUGGAUUAAAACCAUUAUGUUUUUUUUUCCCGUAACCCUAAUAAAGAAAACAAUCUCUCCGCCUCUCUCUACGGCGACGACGAAGGCGAUUCUGUCUUCUCCGGUGAAAUCAACGGCGACUGCAGACGCCACCGGUGGAACCCGUUUCUAUUCUCCUACCGGUGGAACCCUUUGUCUUCUCCUACAUAUUGAAGGUAAACACCAACGUUCUCCAUCCAAUUUCAAUCAUAAAGUUUGUUUCUUUCUCCUUCUUGUUCUAAUACUUUUCUCUGGAUCUCUGGAUAUCUCGACAAACAAAGGCGAUUUCGGAACUUCUCUUGGUCAUUGGUGAAAUCGAGUUUGUCUUCAACCUCCCCGCCUCUCUCUUUCUCCGACAUUGCUAGCACAUAAGGUAUGUUCUCAAUACUUCAUAUGUCAAGCGGUUUGAGUUCUUCAUUCGGGUUUGAAGCUAGCAUUUCUCUCUUUCUUUAUCCGGUUCUUUAUUGCAUUUCUCUGUGUUUGAGCUCUUCAUUUGGGUUACUCUUUUUAUAUUCGUUUCUUAGGAUUUUAAGUGUUGUUAACUGAUUAUAUGAACAGAUUUCGAUUGUGAAUUGGCUUACUUUGAUUAACUGAUUUCUUUUGUGAAUUGAUUUCGUUUAUCAUGGGCUGGUUUAUUGAUUGUGAAUUGGCUUACUUUGAUUAACAGAUUUCUUGUGUUUGUCUCUGCUUCAAUCAAUUUCAGUCUUUAACUAGAAUCAAUUUUUUUUUGUGUUUUCUAGAUAUGGAGUUAGAGCUACCUAAGCGAGUGUAUGCAGAGGGUUUAGAACCUCAGGUGAAGAAGAUCAAUAACUGCUGCCGCAUGGAACUUAUCAGAGAUCUGAAGAAAGCUAUGCCUGCGGAGUACGAUGAUGUCAAGAUAGAUCCUGUUUUCAAACAUAUCAUGGCGAUUGCGGAAAAUAACCUCAAGUUUUCGGGGAAAUUGGUGGAUAGCUUCUUGUGUAAGCAGCUGAUUACCUCGAAGAUGCAUGAGAGGUGGUUUGUAUUUGCGAGGAAGCCUCUCCGGUUUUCCCUUCAGGAGUACCACGCUGUGACAGGCCUCAAGAUCUCGCGGGAAAGUAGCUGUGACGUAGUUAAAUGGAAAAGUGAUGGCGGAUUUUGGAGUGAACUACUAAGGACAGGUGGUAAGAUCACCUUGCAGUCGAUCAAAAAGGUGCAUCUACAAGAAGUUCACAGCUGGUCUCGGCGUGAUAGGAUGAGGUUGAUCUACUUGUGUGUGAUAAUGGGUGUUGUGAUGGGGAGAGAUGAGAAGGUGAACAUCCCUCAUAUGUACAUCAAGCUGGUGAUGGAUCUUGAGAAGCUUCGGAACUUCCAUUGGGGUCUUCACUCCUAUGACUUCUUACUGAGUUCCAUUGAGAAGGUUAUGAAGAAGUUGGGUAAGAAGAACAGCUACAUUUUCGAGGGGUUCUCCUAUGCGUUCCAGAUUUGGAUUAUGGAAGCAAUUCCGGAUUUUGGAGAAAUAUGUGGCAGCAAAGUCUCGGACAGUUUCAGCGGUCCAAGGUGUGGAAAUUGGAAAGGAGUUGCAAAAGUUUCUUAUGAAGACAUCAUUCAACUUGAGGAAUCGUUUACUGAGAAGGGAGACUUGUUCUCGGUAAUUUCAGUGAGUGGCAAUGGUGAUGUGUUGAGGCAUGCUGAUUAUACAAGGAAGGAUGAGAUGGAAGAUGAACGUGUGGACCUUCUUCUCGAUAGGAUUAAAAAGAACUUUGAUUGGAGCAACACAGAAUGGCCAGUUAUAGAGGCUGAAGAGACUGAGAUGGAGGAAGCCGAUACAGAGUCAGAAGCUGAUAAGAGUGUGGAUGCUACUGAUAUUGCAGCAGAUGUGGAGACAUCUUCGGUCCAUGUUGCUGGAAGAGGCAAGAGAAAGAUUCAGGAUGAAGGAGCCGAGACAAGAAAGAAGAAGUUGCUGUGUAAGCGAACAGCAGAAAAAAAACAGAGUAUUGAUGAAGAAACUAAGAGUUUCAUUGAGGGUUUGGUCCACUCAUCUGUCAAUUCCUUGGGAGAAAUACUCAGAGAGCAGAUGGCGAGUAUGGAGAGCAUGUUCAAAGAGAGGAUCGGCAACAUGGAGAUCGAGGUUUCACAACUCAAAGAAGCAAGGAGUUUGAGUGCCGAAGGAAGCGUUCCUAAGAGCAAAACCGAUGAAGCUGCGCCUAAGACCAAAACCGUCCAAACUCCAGCAAAGAAAAAGGUCAAUCAAGCUCAAGCUCAAGCUCCAGCAAAGAAAAAGGAUUGGUUAAAGAAUGGUAUAGAAACUAACGAGUUUGAUUUUGGAUUGAGCACACAAGAAUUAAGGGAAUUGUCCCAAGAUACAUUUGUUGAUGGGUUUGAUCUUUCUCAAGUGAAAGUCGAAAACUCAAAACCCUUCAACAUGUCCCCACCGAAGUUAAAUGAUGAGGAAAUAGAUCGAGCCGGAGAAGCCUCAGCAGAUGCGGCAUUGGUGUAUCUUCGUAAAGAGGAUUGGGAAAAAGUUAGCACUUGGUUAAUUAAAUCCAAACCUCUACGGAUUGGACCUUCAUUGUUAGAUGCUGAGAUUGGUACUCGUCUUAUGGAUAGAACCGAGUGGCUUCACAACUCGGAGAUUGACGCCAUGAUGUACGUAUACAGGGAGAGAACAUCUCUGAAACGAUGGAAACUUCACCGUGUCGCCUUCAUGUCUGUUGUCUUCAGCAACAUGAUUAAAAAGGAGUAUGAGAGUUUCAAGGCGGGUAUAAGAAAAUACAAGCUUCAUCAUUUGCUACUGCAGUACGGCAAAGGGGUCCUUCCACCACAUGGACAGACACAAGAGAUAUGGAAUGUAGAUGUGGAUAGGCUGUAUGUCCCUGUUCAUAAGGACUUUACGUUUGCUGCAUAUACGGUUCACUAUGUCCCCAUGGGUAAGCUGAAUAAAAGUGCAUGUGAUUGUGGUGUCUACACAAUAAAGUUUAUCGAGUGCCAUUCGCUUGGAUUGAAGCUGUCCAUGGUGAAUGAUGGUAACAUCAAAGAAGCUCGCCACAGAAUUUUGUGGGAUCUAUGGGAAGCAGCUAACGACCCGGAACUGGUUGAUAGGAUGUCAAAUUAUGAACCUCCAGAGUGUCUCACUUCAACCGUAGAAGAGAUUCUGUGAGAAUCGAUUUUUAAAUGUAAAUAGUUCGGUUUUUAAUCUAACUUUUAGGAUAAAAAGACUUAAUCUAAUGUGUGUCUUCUAGUGUUUUAUUAGGAACAUGAAUGCUCAAUCUAAUGAAUUUCUUUUGGGUUUAUUAUUCUCAGUUUUUCACAAUUUGUUUAUGAGACCCUAAAAAAGUCUUGUUGGAGACAACAAACAACCGUAACAAAGACCCUAAACAUACCCUAAAAAUACCCUAAACAAAACCCUAAACGAGACAACGUUCGAAAACAUUAUAUGAAACAAAAGAAACCAGACAUUCAAUCAAGAGUCUGAAAAACACCUAACGAGACCCUAAACAUACCCUAAACAGUAACGAAAAUAACAUUAUUCAUGAAUUCUAAUUCCCCGUAGAAAAGGAAUCAACCCAUAUUAGUAUAAAAAACGAAUCAAAUCCAAUACUUUUUAAUUGGUUUCUU